AUGACAGCGCGAAAAUACAGGCAUUAUAUAGCGGAUCUCACCCACAUUAAGAAGUGUGUUUUGUUCUCUGUUUCAGGUGAAGCUCAACAUCUCUCAAAUCUGAGGAUUGUGUUGAUGGGGUAUAGAGGAGCUGGUAAGAGUUCAUCAGGAAACACCAUCCUGGGCAGAGAGGAGUUUGACUUGAAGACAUCUGCUCAGUGUGUGAGGAGACAUGGAGAAGUAGCAGACAGACACAUCACUGUCAUUGAAGCUCCAGGAUGGUGGAGGAAUCACACUGUAGAGAAGAGUCCUGAGAUACUGAAACAGGAGAUUUUGCUCAGUGUAUCUCUGUGUCCUCCAGGACCACACGCUGUACUACUGAUCAUAGAUGUGGACUCUAGAUUUAAAGAGACUGAGAGAAAAGCAGUGCAGGAUCAUCUGGAUCUUCUCAUUGAGAGAGUCUGGAGUCACACUAUAGUUCUGUUCACUCGUGGAGACUCUCUGUUAGACACAUCUAUAGAGCAGCACAUUGAGAGUGAAGGACAGGAUCUCCAGCAGCUGCUGGACAAAUGUGGGAACAGGUAUCAUGUUCUCAACAAUCUCAACAGGAGUGACGACACUCAGAUCAAGGAGCUGCUGGAGAAGAUUGAGGAGACAGUGGCACAAAACAACGGCUGCCAUUUUGAAAUAGACAGAAAGAUUUUACAGAAGAUGAAAGAGAGAAGAAGAGCAGAGGAAGAGAGAGCAGAAGAACGAAUGAAGAGGAUGAAGAAACAGAGAGACGACAUCAGAUCACAGAUGAGUGACGCUCAAAAUCUCUCAGAUCUGAGGAUUGUGUUGAUGGGGUAUAGAGGAGCUGGUAAGAGUUCAUCAGGAAACACCAUCCUGGGCAGAGAGGAGUUUGACUUGAAGAGAUCUGCUCAGUGUGUGAGGAGACAUGGAGAAGUAGCAGACAGACACAUCACUGUCAUUGAAGCUCCAGGAUGGUGGAAGAAUCACACUGUAGAGAAGAGUCCUGAGAUACUGAAACAGGAGAUUUUGCUCAGUGUGUUUCUGUGUCCUCCAGGACCACACGCUGUACUACUGAUCAUACGUGUGGACUCUGGAUUUAAAAAGACUGAGAGAAAAGCAGUGCAGGAUCAUCUGGAUCUUCUCAGUAAGAGAGUCUGGAGUCACACUAUAGUUCUGUUCACUCAUGGAGACUCUCUGUUAGACACAUCUAUAGAGCAGCACAUUGAGAGUGAAGGACAGGAUCUCCAGCGGCUGCUGGACAAAUGUGGGAACAGGUAUCAUGUUCUCAACAAUCACAACAGGAGUGACGACACUCAGAUCAAGGAGCUGCUGGAGAAGAUUGAGGAGACAGUGGCACAAAACAAUGGCCGCCAUUUUGAAAUGGACAGAAAGAUUUUACAGGAGAUGAAUGGUAGAAAGAAGGCAGAAGAGCGAUUGGACAAAUGGAGAAAAGACAUCAGAUCACAGACCAUGAGUGGAGAUGAUGGAUCUGAUUCAUGGUCUCUGGGAAGUUCAGCUUACGGUUCAUUCAGAUCACGAUCAGGAGCAGAAACAGUUUUCAGUUCAUCACGUUCCAGAGAUUCAUCUCACACAAGUUAUGAAUCAGGGAACAUAAAACGAUAUAACAGCAUUGAAUUUCCACCAGACAUGAGUGGAGAUGAGCGGUCGGACACAUGGUCUGUGGGAAGUUCUGCUUACGGUUCAUUCAGAUCACGAUCAUCUGCAGACAGCGGUUCAGUUUUUAGUUCAUCACGCUCAAAAGUCUCAUCUCACAGCUCAGGAUUCGGGUCUUUACAGUCCAUCCCGGAGUCUGUGGAACAUUCAGAAACCAAACGAACGUUUGCUCUGCCCAAGAUCUCAAAACUUUUCCCAAGAAGAGUAAAGAAGGAUGAUAAACAUGAAGAAGACGCUGAGAAAACUUGAAUUAUAUGAAAUUAAUGAAAGAGAAAUUGUGUCUUUAAAUGUUGACAUUUAUAAUUUUGACAAUAUUUAAUGAUAAAUAUUACUAAAACUAAAAGGUAUGCAGUUGUUUUUACCUUGAGUGAUGAAGUUAAUUGUAAUUCACAUUAGCAGAGCUGUAACAAAUAUACUCUUAUGUAAUUAACAUUUGUUGAUUAUUUUGUCAUAGAUUUGUCAAUUAAACUUUCUGUAUACUUCUGUAUUAAUCCCAGAUUUAUGUUCAUGUACACAGACACACAGAAGCUUUUCUGUCCUCUGUUGACAAAUGCAGCUCGCUUCUUUUGAAAGCUAAAGUGUUUUAGCUGCUAUUUCUGUAUUGUUUAUGAUUUGAAGCUUCUAAUGCAGCGUCCUAAACAUCAAAAUCCUCCUCAAGAGAUCAUAAGUGCAUA